CACUUCCCCCAUUAUGGAUCCCUAUAACAUUGUUUUUUUAUCCCUUUGCCAGAUGUUGCUUCGGAGUGCCAGAGCUGUGUGGAGCAGACCGAUUGUGAGGAUGGAGUGCACUGUGAGAGAUGGAAUGUGGUGAUUUCCUCAGGCCGGGCUGACUCUCACCCUCCACCUGUUGCUUUGAAGAAUGUGCUUGUGGAUCAGGUAAGACAGGUUAAGUUCUGUUCAUUUUAUUACUUUUAGGGCAGGUUAACUUGUCACAGAUAAGAUCGCACUUUUUUCCCCCUUAAGGUCACAUGAUUGAAAAUGUGCAUGUUUGGCUGCUGUCUUUAAUGUUCUUCCCAGCCAUGGGUCAUGUGUUCCUGUACAAAUUCAAUAUUUGACUUAACAUGUGUCAUAUAUUUACUCAAGUGUUGGUAAUUUAUUUAUUUUCACAGAGGAUUGGUUGUACGUAAAUAAUCAGGUUCUUUGUUUUUUUGUUUUGUUUUUUUGGUAGUUAUGUACAUUUCAGAUAAAGAAUUUGUAAACAUUACAAAAAUAUGCUUAAGUAGCCAUGGGAAUUUUAAGAGACUGAUGCUUCUCCCAAUUUUCUUUAAUUUGUAUACCCUUGAUAAAACAGCGAAGUUGGGAACUGAGCAAUUGGACUUGAAAUACUUCUCUAAGGACCAUUCUCAGUAUUCUGUAUUCUUUUCUCCCAUUUCAGUAGGUGUCUAGCACAUACCAGCAAAUCACAGCUGUUGGUUGGCAUGUGUUUUGUGUAACAUGGAUGAACAUGCCUACCCAAACUAUGAGGCUUUAGUUGUCUGCAGACCAGGCCAGUCAGGGGAGAACAUAACGUAUAACUUAAAGUAUAUAAUGUGCUAAAUAUUCUUUUGCUAUAUAAAUGGAAGCAAUAACCCUCCCCUAUACCUGGGUUUCUAUUUCAAGUUAUUGUGAUGGCACGAAUAACAGACAAUUAUAGGUGUAUAUAUAUAUAUAUAUAUCUCCACAAAUAACUUCACGUGUGUCAGAGAGACAUAAACUGGACGUAUUUAAAACAUUACUGUAAUCACAUUUAUAGUAAACGUUUUUUCUAUGUUAACUUUAUAUAUGCUCUAUGGGAAUUUAUAAUUUUAACAUUUAUUUACAUGUACAUUUUCCAUAUUACUUCCCACUUCUGCCAGUUUAAGAGUAAGUCUAUGUCUCCACAGCUUGUUAAGUCAGUCUUUAUAUUACACCCUUGUGGUGGCACUAUUAAAGGAACACUAUAGGGUCAGGAACACAAACAUGUUUUCCUGACCCUAUAGUGCUAAAUCCACCAUUUACAUGGCUUGCCCCCCCUUAGCCCCCAUAUAAAAGUUUAAAACUCACCUUAUUUCCAGCGCCAUGCGGGUCCGCUGACGCUGGCUCCCGCCCCCUUUGUGACUUUAUCAAAAUGGCAGAUUUUUAGCCACUCAAAUGCUUUCCCAUAGGGAAAGCAUUGGAUUGGCUAAAAUCAGCAUGGGGUCCGGGCCAAGUGCCAUUUUGGCCAAUCAGGACCUCCUCACAGAGAUGCAUUGGAUCAGUGCAUCUCUAUAAGGAAAAUUCAGCAUCUCCAUGCAGAGUUUGGGGACGCUGAACGUCAGGGCUGCUUUUUAGACAGCACUGACCGAGGAAGCCCCUCCAGUGGCCAUCUAAGGAGUGGCUACUUGGAGGGGUCCCUAGAGGCAAUGUAAGCACUGCAUUUUCUCUGAAAAGGCAGUGUUUGCAUGGAAAAAGCCUGAAGAGAACUAUUCUACUCACCAGAACAACUACAUUAAGCUGUAGUUGUUCUGGUGACUAUAGUGUCCCUUUAAUAAUCUGUUCUGUUAUCUGCUCUCACAAACUGAAGCUUUUGACGCUUGUUGGUCUGAGCGGAGGGUAAGCGUAUAUUGUACUGUCAGUUAGUGUUAGUUUGAGGCUUCCCGGGAGAGACAUCUCAGCUGCUCUUCCCCUUCACAGUGCAUUUAACAAUCCACUUCUAGUUCUGUGCACAGGGUGAGGAAGGGGACGCACAAAAACAUAAAAUGCCAAAGAUCUGCUGUGCUGUCAUAUCAUAUAAUGAAAGGGGAUAGGUGGCAGAGAUACUGUAGAGGCUUACUCUUUAUUUUUAUUUUUCCCAGGAGUCCAGCCCUGAUUCAAACAUCCACUCUUGGACUAUCCACCCUUCCUUUCAGCUGCUCCCAUCUACUCCACAAAUUCUGCUCUUUCCUUCAGCAGUGUCCACUUCUAAGACUGAGACCACCUGUAAGGAGGGUGCAAAGUACCUGCCAAUCUUGAACUCUUAUACCAAGAUAGCACCAUACCCAUGUGACCUUAAAACAGACUCCUCUUUACCACUUCGAAGCAAGAAGGGGUCUCACAGAUUGCAUCAUAGCCAAGUGAAGAGGCCACAUUCUAGGAUAAAUAUCCCAAAUCGCAAAGAAAUUCCAGUUCUCUUAAGCUCUGAAACAAAAGAGAGCGAAUGUAAUUUACAGAGGUUUGUAAUUGUUUCUUCAGACCAAACUGAGGAGGAGGAACAGAUGUGCACAGUACCAACAACAGACUCUGGUACACAGGGCAAUUCUGGUGGGAAGUUGUCCUCCCAAGAGGUACCACAGAACAGACCGCAUGUUGAGUCUACUAUCCCGGAAAAUAAAACCAACAAAAGGCAAAGAUUCCAAAACACCUGGGAAAUCUUAAAUCACUCUGGCCUGCUUGGUAUUGCCAUGAAGACUAAGGAACUGGUCCGUCUAAAUCAGGUCACUGAGAACCAGCUAAAAAGGUUGAAGGAGCAGGUUCAGCUAUAUACUAAAGCUAUGAAUGGCAACGAUUCACAGGACUGGCAAAAGCUAGAAGACUCCAUGGCUAGUGAUGAGCGAAGAUAACCUGUAACUGAAACUCUCUUGGUAUUUGAAGAGAAACCCUUGUUGUCAUACACUGUUUGUUUGAAAGCACUAAGCUGACUCUGGAUGACCAGUGGAACAAACCCUCAGAAUCCUUCAAGUGAGCAAGGAUGUCUUGUAGACAGAGGUGAUUUACAGAAUGUGGAGUGCUUGCUGCAGACUUGGAAGGCUGCCAUUGGGGACAAUGUAAAGGGAUUCUGUAUGAAAAAAAGACUGGGCAGUGAGAAAGUCUACUGUAUUAAAAAUACAGAUAGAAGACCGGUCUCCUACAGAGAUAAUGAGUGGUGUCUGUCUACAAUAGGUGUAGGGAGUCUGGAAACCCGUGUUUUCCUACUUGUAGAACACAAUAGGUUGAGUGGAACUUGAAUGGUCCCAAAACACAUAGGGAAUGUAGUCCUAUCAAAACUAACAUACCAUGCCCAUAUCGCUGUGGGUACAAUUCCAUUCCUAUAACCAAUGGACCAGUAGAUGUGGUACCGACCUAACUUAAAUGACUUAUAAAUAUCAUGUAAUUGUUUACCAAAGAAGUCCGGUCAGGGGUAUGGGAAAUCCGCGUGUAGUUAUGGAAUUACCAGGUUUCAGAAUAAAGAGUUUUUAAAAUAAA